GGGUGGGACAUGAAGAUGAAUGGAAAUACAGCGGAGCAAAGAUGGGAUUAUAAGUUUUUUGAACAAAGAUUGCAUAGAUCCAAAAGUCGAGGUGGUUGUUGGGCCUCCAGCCAUCUAUCUUGAUUAUACACGAAAAAAUGUUGAUAAGACCAUUGGAGUUGCCGGCCAGAAUUGUUACAAAGUAUGUUCUGGAGCCUUUACAGGAGAUAAUAGUGCUGCGAUGAUAAAAGAUGUUGGAUGUGAAUGGGUAAUUCUGGGUCACUCCGAGAGGCGUAAUGUGUUUGGAGAGUCUAGUGAAUUGAUUGGAGAAAAAGUUAAAUGCGCACUGGAAACUGGGUUGAAGGUUAUACCGUGUGUAGGAGAGAAAUUGGAGGAGAGAGAGGCUGGUAAUACAGAAGCUGUAGUAUUUGAACAAAUGAAAGCAAUUGUAGAUAAUAUCAAGAAAGAAGAAUGGGACAAGGUAGUCAUUGCGUAUGAACCAGUCUGGGCAAUAGGAACAGGUAAAACUGCCACGCCAGAGCAAGCCCAAGAAGUUCAUCAGAAACUUCGAGAAUGGCUGUCAAGUAAAGUAUCUGCAGAUGUAGCUAAAAGUGUUAGAAUUAUUUAUGGAGGAUCUGUAAAUGCUGGUAACUGUAAAGAACUCGCAAAGAAGCCAGACAUCGAUGGUUUCCUUGUGGGCGGAGCUUCCCUCAAACCAGAUUUUGUAACAAUUGUUAAAGCUAGAUCUUGAACUGAUUAAACGCCAUAGAAGCCCAGAAUUAUGAUACUUAACUUCAGUAGCAUAGGUGAUGAUGAUGAUGAUGAUGAUGAUGAUGAUGACACUGUUCAGUACUUUUACAGUCUGUGUUGCUUUAUAGUGCUAUAGAUAUUUAACACUAAGAUUACAAAGUUACUUUUUAUUUCUUAAAAAGAAUGUUUGUGCUCUUUGCUGUUUUGCUUUGGCGUGUUCCAUUCUUAAAAUGGAGAACAUUCCAUUAUUUUAUUAAUGAAAAGAGAUACUUCCAUUUUAAAAAGAUUUUGCAUAAUUAAUGACAAAUGUUUUUAAAACAUUUGAACUACUAUGAGGUGCUGAAUCUUAUUAGAUAGUCUGUACACUGUAUUCAUUUUGUUUUGCUUCUGUUUACACAAUAAGUACAAGGAUUAAACUCA